AUGGAGUUUCCCAGAGAAGGACUAUCAAAUAACAGGCCACCAGCCCUAAGUGGUACAAACUAUUCUUAUUGGAAAGCUAGAAUGAAAAUCUACAUAUUAGCACAAGGAGAAAGAGUAUGGAGGGUUGUUGAAAACGAAUUGAAACAUCCCCUUGAUGACAAUAACAAAGCAAAAGGUCGUGCUGAUUGGAGCGAAGAAGAACUCAAAGAGUUCGACUAUAACUCAAAAGCUAUGAAUGCCAUCUACGGAGCCGUGAGUGAAGAAACAUUCAAACUAAUCGCUGCCACAAAUGUAGCAAAAACAACAUGGGAUAUAUUGUGUGAUCAUCAUGAAGGAAAUUCAACAGUCAAACAAUCAAAACUACAAAUGGUCCAAACUCAGUUUGAAAAUCUGAAGAUGGAGAAAGAAGAAGAUAUCACACAAUUUAAUGGAAGAAUACUAGAAAUUGCUGGGGAAGCCUAUAACUUAGGGGAACCCAUUCCUGAAAACAGAAAUAAGAACAAGAGUUUCUCAAAUAAUCAAGGGAGUCCAUCAUUUGCACAAAACCAAUCCGUCAAUUCCAAGAAGAAAGGGAAUCCAAACCUUGAUGGAAUACAGUGCUAUGAGUGCAAGGGAUAUGGACAUAUUCAGUUAGAAUGUCCAAAUUACCUAAGGAGGAAGAACAAAACAUAUGUAACAACCUUGAGUGAUGACUCAGAUAGUGAAGAAGAAAACAACACAAAUUUUGUGGCCUUUUUCACAAAUCAUGAAGGCGAUGAUGAAUCAAAGGAGGACAUGCAAGAUCUAUUAAACUCCUAUAAGAAAUCAUCAAAGAUCCUAAUGGAGUUUCCCAGAGAAGGACUAUCAAAUAACAGGCCACCAGCCCUAAGUGGUACAAACUAUUCUUAUUGGAAAGCUAGAAUGAAAAUCUACAUAUUAGCACAAGGAGAAAGAGUAUGGAGGGUUGUUGAAAACGAAUUGAAACAUCCCCUUGAUGACAAUAACAAAGCAAAAGGUCGUGCUGAUUGGAGCGAAGAAGAACUCAAAGAGUUCGACUAUAACUCAAAAGCUAUGAAUGCCAUCUACGGAGCCGUGAGUGAAGAAACAUUCAAACUAAUCGCUGCCACAAAUGUAGCAAAAACAACAUGGGAUAUAUUGUGUGAUCAUCAUGAAGGAAAUUCAACAGUCAAACAAUCAAAACUACAAAUGGUCCAAACUCAGUUUGAAAAUCUGAAGAUGGAGAAAGAAGAAGAUAUCACACAAUUUAAUGGAAGAAUACUAGAAAUUGCUGGGGAAGCCUAUAACUUAGGGGAACCCAUUCCUGAAAACAGAAAUAAGAACAAGAGUUUCUCAAAUAAUCAAGGGAGUCCAUCAUUUGCACAAAACCAAUCCGUCAAUUCCAAGAAGAAAGGGAAUCCAAACCUUGAUGGAAUACAGUGCUAUGAGUGCAAGGGAUAUGGACAUAUUCAGUUAGAAUGUCCAAAUUACCUAAGGAGGAAGAACAAAACAUAUGUAACAACCUUGAGUGAUGACUCAGAUAGUGAAGAAGAAAACAACACAAAUUUUGUGGCCUUUUUCACAAAUCAUGAAGGCGAUGAUGAAUCAAAGGAGGACAUGCAAGAUCUAUUAAACUCCUAUAAGAAAUCAUCAAAGUAA